UUAACUCUUUACUGCUAUAAAGAACGCCAUUUCACGGUUGAGUCAGUUUCUGUUCAGAUCGAAUUACACGAUAGCUUAAAUGUUUGAGAUUAAUAUUUGCUUUUUUACGGAAUUUGUGAUUGUUUGACUGUUUAAAUAGAAUUACAUUUAAAUUGUGUUGUUUUUUCUGGACUAUUUAUCUGUAUUUACAGAGAUACAGUGCAAUUAACAAUUUAUAUGGCUAUAAGUUUUUUAAAUUUAGUUUUUUUUUUAUCGAAGUGUAAGCCUUUUCUAUUCCUUUCCUCGCCAAAGGCUGUGAUGAAGUUAAGGAUUUUAUUUGUUUGAUAUGUGAAGAGAAGUUGGAUGCAGAUGUUUACUGAUUACUGUUCUCGAACUACUGUGAUAGUGAUUUUAGCUAUUUUAAUAGUAAUUAUUGGCUGCGAUAGUCGUGAUCAAAUCAGACGCUUUAUAGAUCUAUUACUUUAACUAUUAUUGAUUGAUCAAAAUGAAUUAUAAGACAUAUACUUGUAAUCCCAGAAAUAAAAACGUGUAUGUUUAUACAACAUUACUUAGGAUUUUAUUUAAAGAUAAAAAAACCGAGAAGCUGAAAACACAGUGAUAUUGUCAAAGUCCAUCCUUGGAAAAUCAACCUUUGUAUUAUUAAUGUUUGUUCGUAAAUUUCAUAAUUUAUAUAUCUUGAUAAAGUCUUUUUAAAAUCACCAGAUCACAGUGUGCUCAUAGUGCGUUCUUGUGAUCGCCUUUUGUCCGUCGUUAGUCGUUCGUCGUGCGCCGUCCAAAUUUACCUUUUAACACUCUUAAGUCCACAAUUAUCAUCAGAUCUUUAUAACACUUAGUCAAAAGAUUUGUCCGUACGAUAUCUUUGCCAAGGCUUAAACUUGGUGGCGUGUGAUUAUGAACUUGGUCACUAGAUCUUUAUUAAAACCUUGUCAAGAACAUUUGUUCCAAUGAUAUCUGGGCCGACUUUGAAAAUGGUUCUGGUCUGUUGAAAAACACGGCCGCCAGGGGGCGGGGGAAAUCUCCUUAUAUGGCUAUAGCGUAAUCGUGUUGACUUAAGAAGUCACAUUUUUUCAGUUCAGUCAUAAAACGUGGCCAGAAGAUUUGUCCGAAUAAUAUCUCGUCUGUUUUUAAACUGGGUCAUGAAGGGUAAAAAACUAGGUCACUAGUUUAAGAAAAACUUUAUAAACACUGUAGAAUUCAAUUUCUAGUCGAAAUAUCAUGACAUUUGUUACAAUAAUUGUUUCAUUUAUAUCUCGGUAGAAUUUUAAAUGGUUCCAGUCCGUUAAAAAAACAUUGCCACCAGAAGACGCGGCAGUUAUCCUUAUGUAGCUGUAGUGAAAUCUUGUUAACAGUCUAGAAGUCACAUUUAUAGUUCAAUAAUCAUGAAACUUUCUCAGAACAUUUUAAUAAUUAUAUCUUGGCCAAGAUUUUCAAUUAAGAGACCUCGGUAAAAGAUUUACCUUGAAAUGAAAAAUUAAUAUUCGUAUACUUAUUUAAUUCUUUUGAAUUCCAUCUUCUUAGAAUAGUUCAGUUCCUUCGAGUCUUAGGUGAGCCCCAUAGGGCCCAUGGCCGUUUUGUUUAUAUUUAUUAAAACAUAUGCGUAGGCAGCCAGAUUUUCACAAUCAAGUGGUGUUAACACACUGUAGUUAUCUCACUGAUUGUGUUCUUGUCUUUAGUAUGAGCCACAUGAGGUAUCAUUUAAGAGAGGACUUGAUGCCCAUCGGUCUUUCAUUAUACAGUUCACCUGUAAAAGGGAACAUGUCAAUACUACUCUAGAACAAGAGGUUAUCACUCAUACAUGCAGGGGAAUACAUUAUUUAAAAUAUAUGUGUUUAGACUUAUUUGGUACAUCGCAAGAAUCAUUUGCCAAAUUUUCAUUUUUGUAGCAACAUUAUAUUGAAUAAUGCUGAAUAGACAAUACUUAAAACUAAUGAAUAAAUAACAAAUUAUAGUAGAUAAUAUAUUUUAAUGCUUAUGAUUGCUUUAUUAAUAAAUAAAUAAUAGUACUACACAAAAUGUUAACUUAUGAAAAUCUUUUAAUAUUGAAUAUGUUCGUGUUUUGUACAAAUCUAUACACGGAAAUGAAAACAAACAAAAUACAAGUAUACUAGCUAUUAUUUACAAUUAACAGUCAAGCAAGUUUUAUAUAUAACCUCUCAACUCGGGUCUUGUUAGCCAAGACUACCAUCAGCAUUGAUAGUCUGUAUUGCAUAAAUACUACAUUGUCAUGGUUCGAUUCUCUUCCUCAAUUUGAAUAAAUAUUAAAUGUUUUACAUCGCGAAAUGUGAUAAAUAAGGUUUUACUUUCGUUUUUAUUAUUUUGUUAACACCAUGAAUUCAUUUUCAACAGUGUCGAUGAUUAUCGUGGACUUAUAUUGGAAAAGUAAACUAUAUGUAUACUUGGUCAAAGUGCAGGACAAUUAACGUUUACAGUGCUCUUUUCAUAACUUUUCGACAAUUUGGCAAUAGUUCAACGCGCGUCGUAUACAGCCUUAUAACACGAGACAGAUAUUGCGUUGGAUGUAUCAAGUCACGAGAUUAUGUUACGGAGGAUUCCGGACUUAGUCGAUGCAUCACACUUGUUAAAAUGGAUUUGUAAUAGAAACAAUAUCUAUCUUACGGAUAGCCAUUGUUCAAUAAUGAAUAACACAUUUAUUUUGAUGAUCUUGGGCUUAAACUUGAUUUGUGUUUGAAUUUAUUUCAGUUUUAAUUUGAACUACUGGGGUUGAUUAAAAGUUUAAACUAGCUAUAAGCUUUUGUUUCAUAGAUUUUUUUUAACAGAAAUAAACGUUAACUUUUUAAACGCAAGUGUUUUACUUUAUGCGCGAAAUAACACAAUGGCGACAGGUUUUAUGACUGCGAUUGCAAAACGUUCGCGUACGGUUGAAGACUUUUGGUGCAAAUCUUGUACAGAGCAAAAUCUUCAGGAAUCUGCAAACAUUUAUUGUGAGACAUGUGUGCAGUUUUAUUGUAAAAAAUGUGCUAUCCACCAUAGUGAGAUGUCCUCAAAACAUACGACACAUGGAAGAGGAGAUAUUAAAAAAUGGCCAGUUUCGACGAAGGUGGUGGAUUUUCUCAGGAAAUGUGAACUGCAUGAUGAUAAAACACUCCAACAGUUUUGUGAUGACCAUAGUCAGCUGUGCUGUUCUGAUUGUUUUCUAUCAUUACACAGCCAGUGCAAUAAAGUUACACCCAUUUCGGAGUUGACCAGCACAAUGUCCACAGACCUGCAGGGACUUUCAACAAAACUUGAAACUAUUCUUGAAGAAAUCGAGAGCUUGCAGAAAUGUCAGGAGGCCGCUAUGCAGUCAUUGGAUACAUCAUUCACUGAAAAUGAAGGGUUUGUGAUGCAAGACUUGUCUCUGAAUAUUAAUACUUCUAUUGGUGCACGUGAUGAUAGUACUGAGAAGGACCUGAAAGAAAUGAAAGAUGAAGUUAUAAGCAUAAAAUGUUCUAUUUCAAGUUAUAUUCAUAAAUGCAUCGGUCUUCAGAACGAAUUAUCACAAUUAUAUGAAUCGAUUCAGAAAAUUGGGGAUAAUAAGGAGCUCUGUCUUAUAGCCAGCAUAAAAUGUGAGCUCGCAUUACAUCAUUCAUUCACUGUGCUGGGAAAGUCAGGCAAGAUGUUUACUGUUCAGGGAAAGACUGUUCAUAAUGUGAGAAUACCAAAUGAUUCACUCAAGUGUUAUAUCGUGGACUGCUGUGUUCUCUCCGACGGACAAGUCCUGCUUGCAGACCAAGAUAAUAAGAAGGUCAAGCUGCUAAAUCAGCAGUACCAGGUGGUGAGUCACUGUAGGGUGACUCAAAAACCACAGGGUAUUUGUCAGAUCACACCCAGUGAGGGGGCAGUGGCUGUGAAUAAUGAGGUCCAGUUCAUCACAGUAAACCAGGGCCAGCUUUUUCUAGGCAGAAAACUUCAAUUACGGCAUAUAUGUACAGGUAUUGCCCACCAUCAGGGCGACCUGUUUAUCUGCUCCCAUAAUACACUGUUUAAGUACUCCCUGAGUGGUAAAAAGAUCUGCAGAUUGUAUGAGGAUAUAUCAGAAGGUAUCACAGUACGGAGUUGUGCUGUAAGUCCCACAGGUGACAAGCUGUACAUCACAAACUGGUCCCAUGACAAGCUCCUCACCCUUGCCAGAGACGGAACAGUCCUGGCUAUAUACACAGACCCAGAACUUAUACAGCCACGUGGUGUACAUGUGACCCCUGCAGGCCAGGUGCUGGUCUGUGGAUGGGCGUCAAACACAAUAAUACAGGUGGAGUGUGAGGGGACGAGGAAGCUUGCCACUCUGGUUACACGGGAUAGAGAUGGAGUAAAGAGUCCAAUGUCAGUCUGCUACAGCAGCACCACAUCUUCCAUCCUAGUGGGACAGUUUAAAGACGAAAACAUUAUGGUGUUCAAAGUGGAACCAAAUAAAGAGACUAGUUCAAAGCAUGUGUCAACCCAAGGAGACUUUAGAAGAUUGUUCGACCAGCUUAACAUUGACGUCAUGGCAGAAUGUGGAAGUGCCUUAUUCCCAGCGUUCAGACAUGGAUGUGGAGCUCUGCAGGGCAUUGUAACCAGAGGAAAAUGCAUAUUUGACGACCCCGUUUUUAAUGAAACCGAGAGCGAAAUUGUAUUUCAAAGAUGUAUUCAGCUCUACACCACGUCUAUUUUAAUGGACAAUAUCAAGGCAUCUUACACAAAACCAAUGCAGUUAAGUCAUGUAAAAAUAUUUAGCCGGCAAAAGCAAAAUAUUUCCUUCCCUGCUUUGGUGGCUGUUGACAAGGAACGCUAUGUCAAAAUAAAAAAUUGGAUAAGCAGCCUAAAUAAAGAGAUAAAUGGCUUAUGUGUGCUUUUGGUUAACGAGGCAACAGAUACAACAUACAUUGCACCAGAAUGGGGCGUCUUUCAAAGCAUGACGACAAUAUCAGACACAUUUGUAACUGCAGAUGAUCUUCUAGAAAGAGCCAUAUUUGCAGUGUUAAAGAACCUGGUGGAAAAAUGUAUUAACAAAUAUGGUUCAUCAACUGAUUUGUCAGAUAUUGAGCAAGAAAGUACAUUACAAAGUAUUUAUAAUUAUGCAAGAACUGCGUACAAAAGAAGUGAAGUACCCACACCUGAAAUACCGGCCCUUCCAGAGAUUUCGUAUUCAUACCCGACACAUAUGGAUGAAGUCAUCAAAGGUCUUCUUGAAACAGAAGGGGUUGUUGGAUGCUCUAAGAACAUUGGGCAACUUGAAGUCAUUAUUGAAAACACAGAGGAAAAGAAUGCGACAAUAAAUAGAGUAAACCUGUAUCUUCAAAAUAAAAACGUCAAAGCUAUUUUUAUACAUGGAAAACUUACACCUCUCGUUUCCAGUGGGGACAAAGUUUCAAAUGAACGAGUAACUAGACACUUUGCAACAUUGGGAGGAUUUGCGCUGAAAUUUCCCGAAACGACUACGAAUUCUUAUUGCAGCUUAGCAACAACGUCUAUUCAAAGCAGCACACUGCCACAAAACACAAAUGGAAAGCUUGUUGCUCUUAUCUCACGACACCUAGCACCAGCAUUCGGGUGUGAGAGCGUAUAUGCGUGUAAUAAUAUUGGAUCAUUGAACAUUGGAAAAAUUAACAACAUUCACGAUGACCCUUUGGUGGAUAUUAUUCCUGUCGACAUUAAUGAAGAUGUUAUAAACCAAUGUGACAGUCGAUUCAAAACAGAGAUAGGAGUGCAGAUGUAUGGCAAACUACGUUCUACGGAAGAACCAAUUUUCGCAGGAGAUCAAGUAUAUAUAUGGGGAGCAUCAACGCCUCUGGGUUUAGGAACAAUCGCUUCUGUCGAUUUGAACACGCGGAAUGGCUUGUUGAUAACAAUUCAUGAUCGCAACGAGGGUGAGUCGUUCUGCAAAGAAGGUGACAGCGGCGCAAUGGUAUGUGCCACUGAUAACAGGGAACGGACAUUGUAUGCUCUUGCAAUGAUCCAAGGAAAAAUUGAAAAAUCUAGUGGAAGAGCAACGUAUGUUGCGGUUAGUCUUAAUGAAGCAUUCAAACUAUUAGAAAAAUAUUAUUUCUCCAAAUUCAGUCUGUGCAAUGAUCAUGCAAGCCCACAUGAAUAAAUGUUUUGAACUGCUAACAUUCGAAUUACAAACGCUGACUAGCUGAAUGAUACCAUUGAAAUUAAGUAAAUUAGAAUAACAAAAGCUUAUUGCACAAUUAGUUUGUGUUAUAUUCUCGUACAGCUCAUAACCAUUGCAAUCGUGACUCCGUGAAUGUGUAUCUGGUAAACGACUAGCUAAUAUUUAUAAUUAAAUAAGCCAUAUCAAUUCUCAUAUAAAAGAAAACCGACAGUUUUUACCCGUGUCUAUAUACAGCACCACAUUUUUAAUGAAAAUCUAUGAAUGCACGGUAAAAUGUUCGUUUAUCAAUAUGUGUAACUGUAUGUUUAAUAGAGGACAAUACGCUUCAUGUAUGUAGAAGUUGAUGUUUUUUUCGAUUGCGUACAUAUCUUUCACAUCACGGUAAAUAUAAUCGAAAUAGUUUUGACUGUAUUGAUUAGCUUCGGACAAUAACCCUCGAUGUCGGUCUGAAACCUGAUUAUUUAAAGAUCUGGCUUAUUCAACGCAAGUGGAAAAAAUCGUUUACCUUUAAUUGAAUUAAGACAUACAAGGUGAAUACCCAACACAACGGAUGAUCAAGCUUCGCGUAUUUAUUCUGAUUACUGCUUCCAACCCUUUAAGAUUGACAUAUUUUGUUUCGCUUAUUUAAAAUUACAGUCAGGCUGUCAUCAAGUUGAUUUCUCUGAACUCUUGUUUAACCAGUAUUUCUACGCAUACUACUUGUUUAUGCCAUGAGUGUGAUCGUGCCAAUUAUUUGCUACACAUUAAAUUAUUAAAUGACACGUGAUUUAAUAAUUCAAACUUAAUUUGGAGAUAAUUCCCAAUCAUUUUUCUCACCAGCCUGACUAGGAACUUCAUUUUUAUUUAAAUUAAAUCGUUAUAUAUUUGUUAAAUUAAAUCGUUUUGAAUACCUUUAAUACUAUGAGUUAAUUUAUGUUUGGUCAUAAUUCAUCAAAGUAAGUCAUGAAAAAGUAGUUAAAAUACAUGGCAGUUAAUGUCAAUAGAACCGUUUCUGCUCACAUAUGAAUAUUUUAUCUGCGAAUCAAUAGGAAACAUUUGUAUAUGCCUUAGCUUUCCUAUAAGUUGUAUGCAUACCUGAAUAGAUACGGUCAACCGCAUAUUUGGUAAAUUACGAAAAAAAUCCAAUUAAACUUGUGUUAUUUAUCUUUAUUUUGAAAAUUAUAUUCAAAAGAUGUUUUUCGAUUCCAAUUUUGUAAAUUUUAGAUUUUUCAAUAUUCAAUUUUUAACAUUAUGUCGUUGUUUAUUCGUUUAAGCAGGUUUGGAUUUAAACAAAUGUUGAUUUGUUAUACAAAAGUUGCAAAUUAAAUUGUUUAGUUUUGUCUGCCUUGAUUUAUAUCCUGUUUAGCUUUUCAAAAGACACACUACAACUUCAAUUGCUGAGUUUUAAAUAGAUCUUAAACGAGACACUUAUCUUCCUUGUAAUCAUAUUCGUAGUUUUAUAAAAGAGAUAAACAUCAUUUUGUUUGUAUCAUUAAUUGUCAUAAGUAUGCCCCUCCCCUUCGAAGAAGAGGUGGUAUAUUGUUUUGGUGGAGUUCUGUCGGUCUGUCUGUCUGUAGACCAGUUCGUUUCCGAUCAAUAACCUAUGAACGGAUUGACAAAUUGGCUUGAUACUUCCCUUGUGCAUUAGCCUUUGCCAGUAGAUGAUUCAUAUUGCAAUAGGGGGUCACUAUGUCAAAGGUCAAUAGUUGUCACACUGAGAGUGCAAAUUGUUUCCGAUCAAUAACUUGUGAACGGAUUGACCAAUUGGCUUGAUAUUUACCAUGUACAUUGGCCUUUGCCAGUAGAUGGCACCUAUUGAAAUUAGGGUCACUAGGUCAAGUCAAGGUCACUGUAACAUUAAGAGUAAAAAUUGUUUCUAAUCAAUAACUUGUGAACGGAGGUUCCGAUUUACUUGAUACUUCCCAUAUUCAUUUGCGUUGGGCAGUAGAUGGACUUUUUUGAAAAUGGGGUCACUAGGCCAAAGAUCAAGGUCACUGUCACACUAAGUGUAAAAUUGUUUCCAAUCAAUAACUCGUCAACUGAUUAACCGAUUGGCUUGAUACUUCCCAUGUACAUUGGCCUUGGACAGUAAAUGACCCCUAUUGGAAUUGAGGUCACUAGGUCACUGUCACAAUAAGUGUGUAAAUCGUUCCCGAUCAAUAACUCGUCAACGAAUUUACCGAUUGGCUUGAUACUUAACAUGUGUAUUGGCCUUGCAUAGUAGAGGAUCCCUAUUGAAAUUGGGGUCACUAGUUCAAACGUCAAGGUAACUGUGACUCUUACAUUAUAAGAUUAAAUCCGGUGUCAAUGGGAGUAUCUGUCUCAGACCGACGAGCGCUUGUUAAAUGUUUAAAUCGUCUACUGCAAAUGUAGUAAACCAGAAAUAAAAUACUUCAAAAGUGGAA